AUGGCCGGCAAGAAGGGGGAAGCCAAAGGGAAGGCGGGCAAAGGGAAAGGGAAGGAUGGCAAGAAGGGCAAGAAGGAGGAUCCCAACGAGUCGGAGGAUGCUUCGGAUGCGGAGCUGCUGAAGGCAGAGGAGAGCGAGGAGACGGAGGUGGUGGAGGAGCAAAAGGAAGAAAAAGAGGAAAAGGAGGAAAAGGAGGCAAAGGAGGAGGAAAAGGAGAAAGAUGAGGAGGAGGUGGCUGCAGAAGAGCCCAAGAAGGGGAAGGGGAAGGGGAAGGAGAAGAAGGGGUUGCCCAAGGCAGGAGUGGGAAAGAAACUGGGCCUUGGGAAGAAGGUACAGCAGGAGACGGAGGAAGAGGAGGGUGAGAGUGAUGCUGCAACAACCAAGAAGAACAUGAAGGGCACCUCCAAGCUGGUGAUGGGGCUGGCAAUAGACAAGAAGAAGAAAGGGGCCAAAGGUGCAGAGGCCAAGGGCCAGCCCAAAGAAUCUGUGGAAGCCAGCCCGGCCGAGGAGGAGGCGGCAGCGGCUCCGAAGGCCCGCGCAAAGCGGAGCCUCCGCAGCACCUCGAAGCUCUUCAUGGGCUUCAAGAACCUGGGGCUGCGUCGGCCCAAGAAGGGGCAGUUCAAGAACACAUCCCGCUUCUUCUGGGGACUGCACAAGCACAGCACCAAGAAGAGGAGGAAGAAGAAGAACAAAGCGGUGCUCAAGUCCACCUCCAACCUGAUGAUGCGCUUCAAGGAGGUGGGCAAGAAGAGGAAGGAGGAGGCCCAGAAGGAGCCGCCAUCGAAGCCAUCGUUCCUGCUGCUGCGGCAGGGCGGGCAGGACCCCGAGGACGGCGCGGCGCUCUUCCGCCGGCGCCCGGAAAGGAAAUUCAAGCCGCGGGCGCAGGUGCUGAGCAAGGGGGCCCGCCGCGGCUACGCCAGGAAGGAAGAUGGAGCCUAUGGGCCCUGGCAUGGUCGGCCCAAGGAGGAAGAUGGAGGGUACAGACCCCACCGUGGCUACGCCGAGGAGGAGGGAGGCUACGGCCCGUGGCGUGGCUACAGCGGCGAGGAGGAUGGAGCCUAUGGCUCCCGGCACAACUACUCCGAGGAGGAGGAAGGCUACAUGCAGAGCCCAGCCUACCCAGCAGGGUACGGCUUUGAGGAUGAGGUGCCGAGCCCCUACUCUGACUAUCCUGGCUACGAGACAGAUGAGGAAUAUGAUUCCUACGGGGGAUUUUGGGAGGAUGGAGACCAGCCAGGGCACCCCUACGGCUACUCAGAGCUCGAGGACGAGGGACAGUUUGGUGGUGGCUCUCCCCUCAGCCUGUACGACCCCUACAGCAGCGACCCUGAGUACGGUGAGGAGGCAGCAGGGCCCUUUGGCUACAGGGGGGACCCCUACGAGGACUUUGGGGAGCCCUUUGCCGGGGGGUACCCUGGGGGCGAGUAUCCCGAGCACCGCAUCCAGUACAGCGAGGGCGGGUGGGCACCGCACGCCCAAUCCUCCUGCAACCCCUACGCCCUUGGCCUGGAGGAGAUCGCCGAGGGCGAGGAGCCCGAGGAGUGGGAAGAAGAGGAGGAAGAGGAGAAGGAGUAUCCCUUUUCCAUCCUGAGCGCCUCCUCGCUCCGGGGUAUGCGGGAGACGCUCUCCUCCAAGCUCUCCCUCAACAGGAAAUUCAGGCUCUUCCCCCGGCCCCAGGUCAAGCUUUUCGGCAGGGACCGCCUGGACGUGCCCCUCCCACCGUCCCCCCAUCUGCCCGCUGCCCGUGACGAGGACGACUACGACGAGUACGAGCCACCAGCCCCCGGCCCCGCGGCAUCCCCGGGACGCCGCGUUUCGCCAGCGCGGGCGUGCGGGAGCCCCCUGGGGCAGUUCCUCCAGCGGUCCCUCUCGAUUCCUCCCAGCCGCCCGCCGCGAGGUGCGGGGGCAUUUCGGGGGUCCCGCACCCCCCAGCCCUCCUACAGGCUCUCCAGCCGCAGGCAGGCGGGGGUGGAGAGCGCCGGUUUGGGGGGACGGGACCCUUCCCCACCCUGGGGGCAGCCCCCUCCCCGGGAGCCGGGGGCUGCUCGCCGCCCGUCGCUCCGUAACCCCUUCGCCAACCCCGGGCGCUCCCCAACGCCGCCGCCCGUCCGUCCGCGGGAGGAGGGCGCGGGGCGCUACGCGGUGGUGACGCCGCAGGUGCAGAGGUUGGGCUCCUUCCGGCGCGCAUCCCGCAUGUACAAGCAGCACUGGUCCACGCAGCACGUCGUGCGGGUGCGGGAGAUGCCCGACGCCUGGACAGCCGAGCAGGGUCUCCCCCGGCAGCCCACCCAGCGCGGCCGGCGGUGGGCGGGCCAGUGGGGAGCCGACAUCGCCCGAUACCUGUGCCCGCGCUCGCCCGCGGGCGGCUGGCGGGACAGGCACCCCUGGGCAGACGGGUACCUGGGCAGCAAGCAGCCCUGGCGCAGCAAGAUGCAGUCGCUGUGCAGCCUGCCCAUCGUGCGGUACCAGGAGCCACAGGAGGAGGACGGGCUGGAGGACAUGACCCAGCUGGAGGACCUCCAGGAGGCUGCAGUGCUGAACAACAUCCGGACGCGGUUCGAGCGCCAGCUCAUCUACACCUACAUCGGCAGCAUCCUGGUGUCGGUGAACCCGUACCGGCUCUACAACAUCUACGGGAAGGAGCAGGUGCUGCAGUACGAAGGCAGAGCCCUGGGGGAAAACCCGCCGCACCUCUUUGCCAUCGCGAAUGUCGCCUACUCCAAAGUGAUGGAUGCCAAACACAACCAGUGUAUCGUCAUCAGUGGGGAGAGUGGCUCAGGGAAGACUGAAGCCACCAAGCUGAUCCUGAGCUACCUGGCAGCUGUCAGCCAGAAACGCAGCACUGCCCCACAGAUCGAGAUCCUGGAGGCGACCCCUUUGCUGGAAUCCUUCGGCAACGCCAAAACCGUGAGGAAUGACAAUUCCAGCAGGUUUGGGAAAUUUGUGGAAAUCUUUCUGGAGGACGGUUUGAUCUGCGGUGCCAUAACCUCGCAGUACCUGCUGGAGAAGUCACGCGUGGUCUUCCAGGCCAAGAGCGAGCGCAACUACCACAUCUUCUACGAGAUGCUGGCGGGGCUGCCGUCCCAGCAGCGGCAGCGGUACUGCCUGCAGGGCGCCGAGACCUACUACUACCUGAACCAGGGUGGGAACUGCGAGAUUCCUGGCAAGGACGACGCUGAGGAUUUCCGCCGGCUGCUCAACACCAUGGAGGUGCUGAACUUCAGCGUGGACGAGCAGAACAGCAUCUUCCGCAUCCUCUCCUCCGUCCUCCACCUGGGCAACGUCUACUUUGAGAAAUACGAGACCGACUGCCAGGAGGUGGCCACGGUGGUGAGUGCCACGGAGAUCCGGACGGUGGCCGAGCUGCUGCAGGUGUCCCCUGAGGGCCUGCAGAAAGCCAUCACCUUCAAGGUGACGGAAACGCAGCGGGAGAAGAUUUUUACCCCUCUGACUGUUGAAAGCGCCGUGGAUGCCAGGGAUGCCAUUGCCAAGACCCUCUACUCCCUGCUCUUCAGCUGGCUCACGGACCGCAUCAACAAGCUGGUGUACCCGCGGCAGGAGGCCCUCUCCAUCGCCAUCCUGGACAUCUACGGCUUCGAGGACCUCACCUUCAACAGCUUUGAGCAGCUGUGCAUCAACUAUGCCAAUGAGUACCUGCAGUUCUUCUUCAACAGGAUUGUGUUCCAGGAGGAGCAGGAGGAGUAUAUCCGGGAGCAGAUCGAGUGGAAGGAGAUCCCCUUCAGCGACAACCAGCCCUGCAUUGACCUCAUCUCCCAAAAACCCUACGGCAUCCUCCGGAUCCUGGAUGACCAGAGCUGCUUCCCCCAGGCCACUGACCACACGUUCCUCCAGAAGUGUCACUACCACCAUGGGACAAACCCGCUGUACACGAAGCCAAAGAUGCCUCUGCCCGAGUUCACCAUCAAGCACUAUGCAGGGAAGGUGACCUACCAGGUUCACAAGUUUUUGGAUAAAAACUAUGACCAGGUCCGUCAGGAUGUGCUGGACCUGUUCCUCAGCAGCAGGACCAAGGUGGUGGCCAACCUCUUCUUCGGCCACGCCCAGGUGAUGGCCCGGCAGAGGAGCAUCAUCAGGAGGAGCAGCACCAGGACACGGCGCUACAAGGCCCCGACUGUGGCUGCACGGUUCCAGCAGUCGCUCCUGGAGCUGGUGGAGAGGAUGGAGAGGUGCAACCCCUUCUUUGUGCGCUGCAUCAAGCCCAACAACAAGAAGGAGCCAGGGCUCUUUGAGGCUGAUGUGGUCAAGACCCAGCUGCGGUACUCGGGGAUCCUGGAGACCAUCCGCAUCCGCAAGGAGGGCUUCCCUAUCCGCAUCCCCUUCCUCGUCUUCAUCGACAGGUAUCGCUGCCUCGUUGAUAUGUGGAGAUAUGUCGUCCCCAAUGGGGCCAACUGUGUGGAGAUGCUGAGGAGCCUCUGCCCCGUUAACCCCAGCAUGUACUAUGUCGGUGUCACCAAGCUCUUCCUGAAGGAGCAGCUGUACCAGGCGCUGGAGAGCAAGCGGUGCCGCGCCCAUCACCUGGCCGCGCUCACGCUGCAGCGCUACGCCCGCACCUUCUUCAUCAAGCGGCGCUUCCGCUCCCUGCGCCGCAAGAUCGUCCUGCUGCAGAGCCGGGCGCGGGGAUACCUGGCCAGGCAGAGGUACCGGCGCAUGCGGCACACGCUCAUCAAGUUCAGGUCGCUGGUGCACAUCUACGUGAACCGCCGGAGGUACCUCAAGAGGAAGGAGGAUGCUCGCCGGCGGGCCGAGGAGGAGAAGGAGAGGAUGAAGCAGGAGCUGACGCGGAGGGAGGUGGUGGAUGUCACGCACCUGGAGAUCCCGGCCGAGCUGAUGGGGCUGCUGGAGGCCGCUGCAGCCGCUCGGGAGGUGAAUGCCGGCUGCGUGGUGCUGGUGCCGCCGCCGGCGCUGCAGCCCGACCCCCAGCUCACCCUCCCGCUCGACAUCAACGACUACCCCAUGGCCAAGUACGUGCGGGGCCACUUCCAGGAACCAGCAUUUGGGAUGCUGACAGCCCCACUGAAAGCCCCCCUGACCCGGCUGGAUGAGGAGCUGUGCCACGAGGCUCUCAGCCUCUUCCAGCUGAUCCUGCGGUUCAUGGGGGACCCGGGGCUGGGCGGCCCGCAGGAGACCCUCUUUGGCAACUACAUCGUGCAGAAGGGGCUGUCGGUGCCGGGGCUGCGGGACGAGCUCCUGGCACAAGCUGCCAACCAGGUCUGGCGGAACACCAACGUCAACAACGAGGAGCGGGGCUGGCUGCUGCUGGCCGCCUGCCUCAGCGCCUUCCCCCCGUCCGCCGCCUUCGACAAGUACCUGCUCAAGUUUGUGUCUGACUACGCCUUCGCUGGCUACAAGCCGGUGUGCCAGCGCAAGCUGAUGCAGGCCAUGGCUCGCUCCCAGCUGGGCGCCGCCGCCGCCCGCACCUUCCCGCCCUCGCUGCUGGAGUGGACGGCCAACCGGCAGCAGGCCAGCAUGGCCCUCGACCUGCACUGCUUCAAUGGUGACCAAUUCUCCUGCCCCAUCCACUCCUGGAGCACAGGCGAGGACCUGGCAGGGGAUGUCCUGAAGCUCAGAGGGCUGGCGGAGGGCUGGCGUGGCUGGACCGUGGCGAUGAAGGCGGGUGCCCAGUGGGCUGAGCUGGCUGGACACGACUAUGUCCUGGACCUUGUCUCUGACCUGGAGCUGCUGCGGGGCUUCCCCAGACAGAAAUCCUGCUUCCUCAUCGCUUGGGACGGGACCGAGAGCCACAGCAGGGACAGCCGGCCGGUGCUGGGUCAUGGAUUUGAUUUGGAUGAAGUGCCUCCUCCCCCAGCUGUAAAAGCCCCCACACUGCCCUCCAUGGAGGCGUAUCACCCCCAUGAGGGGGAGUUUGGGGAGCCACGCAGCCAGAAGGGUCUGGACCGGUACCUGGACAGUCUCUUUGACCCCGUGCUCUCCUAUGGCAAUGGGGAGCUGGAGAAGCCGUCCAUCCUGUCGCAGAGGCUGAAGGGAGGAGGCGGCGUGGGAGGGGGGAACAGUGGCACUGAUGCCAGCCAGAGCGAACCUCCCGUGGCUGCGGAGACACGUCAGCCGAGGGGCACAGAGCCAGACCCAUCCCCACAGCACCGGGCAGAUGUCAACCAGCCCCCCGGACCCUCGGGCAGAGCAGCAGAGGGGACACCAGCCCAUGUCCCCCAGCCCCGGCCCUACUCACAGAAAGCCGCAGCCGUGGCCAGGCGGUGGCCGGGGGAGCCAGUGCGGCAUUCCCGGCUCAACUCGGAGCACUUCCCGCGGCCCACGCACGACAUCCGCAACAUCAUCCGGCAGUGCCAGCCAGCCCCACGCAGCUCCCAGCCCCACAGCAAGCUCUUUGGGAAGAAGCUGGACCCCCAUGAGGAAGCCAUGCAGAUCCUGAAGGAGCAGCUCUCAGCAGCCAGGGUGCCAUCAGCUGUGGGGCCCAAGGAGGUGGUGGCUGCGGUGAAGCCGGUGCCAAGUGCCAGGUACCAGCUGCGAGCACCCACAGGACGUCCUGCAGCCACACGGCCCCCAGUCUUCGUCUCACGGGAGCUCCCGUCUGAGGCGCAGCAGGUCCAGACCCAGCUGCACCGCAGCUGCAGUGAAGACUUCUACACCUACCACAACGUGCCCUGGAAAAUAUUCAUCCGGAAGGAGGUUUUCUACCCCAAGGACAGCAUCAACAGCCCACUGCUGCUCGACCUCAUUUUCCGGCAGAUCUUCAAUGAUGUGCUGUCUGACACCUGCAUCCGGAUCAGCCAGGAGGAGCGGCUCCGCCUGAAAUCCCUCUUUGCGGAAAACAAGCUGGACUCCUUCAGCCCCGUGGCCACCGAGAAUGUCAAGAGGGAGAUCAUCGCUGCAGCCCGGGAUGGCUGCGAGGUGUAUUUCUCCCGCCUCUUCCCUGCCACGGGCAGCGUGGGGACGGGUGUGCAGAUCCUGGCCGUGUCCCACACUGGCAUCAAGCUGCUGCGGGUGGUGAAGGGCACCAAUGUCCCCGGGGAGCAGCUGCGGGUGCUGCGCUCCUACAGCUACCCCGACGUGCUCUUCGUGACCACCCCAUCCAGGAACAUGCUGGAGUUCAACCUGCGCAGCGAGAAGCUCAUCCUCUUCUCCCCCAAAGCCCCCCAGGUCAAGGUCAUGGUCGACCACUUCAUCACAGAGCUCAGGAAGGACUCCCAGUAUGUGGUGGCCGUGAGGAACUACAGCCCGGAGGCUGGGGGCCGGCUCAGCUUCCACAAAGGGGACAUCAUCCACCUGCAGUCCCUGGAGCACCCUGAGAGAGACCACUACUAUGGCUGCGUGGUCCGCAAGAAGGUGAUGUAUCUGGAGGAGCUGAAGACAGACACGCAGGAUUUUGGGUGGAAGUUUGGGGCCAUCCAUGGCAGGUCAGGGCUCUUCCCUGCCGAGUACGUCCAGCCCGUGGCAGCGCCCGACUUCGUGCAUUUGCCUGCGGAGAGGAAGGAGGAGCCCAGGGACAAGCAGGGCAGAGUGGCAGCUUCAGCAGCCGUGGCCGUGGCCGUGGCCUCCACUGCUGCUGCCCAGGAGCUGGACCGGAAAACAGAGGUGUCCCCAGCCUUUCUGGAGGGUCCCGAGGGCGAUGGUGUGGAGCAGCUCAGGGAUGUCACCGGGCCCUGUCCCAUGCUGGCCUUUGCCCAGCAGCAUUUCCGUGCGGCGCGACGCGGGACCACGGACUCCCGUGGGAUGAAGGCUCCAAGUGUGCUGGAGAUGCUGACGUUCACCAAGAUUCCUAUCCAGGAGUCACUCAUCGAAUUUGCGGAUGGUGGCCUCAACAAACUGGCUGCUGAGGCUUUCCAAGCCGUGAUGAAGUUCAUGGGUGACCACCCCCUGCGGGGUCAGACAGAGCUGGAUGCCGUCUGCACCAUCCUCAAGCUGUGUGCAGAGCACGAGGUCCUGCGGGAUGAGGUGUACUGCCAGAUCAUCAAGCAGGUCACCAACAACACCAGCUCCAAGCCGGACAGCUGCCAGAGGGGCUGGAGGCUGCUCUACAUCCUCGCUGCCUACUACAAGUGCUCUGAGGUGCUCCGGCCCUUCCUCGUGGCCUUCCUGCAGGAUGCCAGCAGGCACCCGGAGCUGCCUUUCCACGGCAUCGCCAAAGCCUGCGAGCAGAACCUGAGGAAAACCCUGCAGUUCGGCGGCCGCAGCCUCUUCCCCAGCAGCAUGGAGCUCAAGGCCAUGGUGGCUGGACGCAGCGCCAAGCGCCAGCUCUUCCUCCUGCCUGGUGGCAUCGAGAGGCACCUCAAGAUCAAGACGUGCUCGGUGGCUCUGGAUGUGAUCGAGGAGCUGUGCUGUGAGAUGGGGCUGCAGAAUGCAGAGGCUUUGGAGGAAUACAUCCUCUUCGUGGUGACCGACAGAGGGCAGAGCGUGCGGCCGCUGACCCGCCGGGAAUACGUCCUGGACGUGGCUGCCGAGACGGAGCUCCGGGACACCAGCUACACCUUCUGGUGCCGCCGCGUGCUCUGGAGCCAGCCCCUCAAGUUCGACAACGAGCUCUACGUCACCGUCCACUACAACCAGGUGCUGCCUGACUACCUCAAGGGGCUGUUCACCGUCCUGCCGCCGGCGAGGCCGGGCGAGCAGCACUUCCCGCACGUGGCCAAGCUGGCCGCCCUCCAGCACCGAGCCAAGGACCGCCACCACCUCCCCACGGCGCGGGAGAUGCAGGACUACGUCCCUCCGCAGCUCUUCCGCCUGCUGAAGCCCCAGUCCUGGCUGCAGAUGGUGACCCAGCACGUGCAGCAAGCCCAGGCACUCAGCGCCCACCAGGCCAGGGCACAGUUCCUGGGGCUGCUGAGUGCCUACCCCAUGUUCGGCUCGUCCUUCUUCUACAUCCAGAGCUGCAGCAACAACGCCAUUGUUUCGCCCUGUAUCCUGGCCGUCAACCAGAAUGGCCUCAACUUCCUCAGCAAGGAGACCCAUGAACUCAUCGCCAAGUUCUCGCUGAACGAGAUCCAGUCCACGCGGACGCAGCGGCCGACGGCCGGAUCCAGCUAUCCCUACGUGGAGAUCACAUUGGGAGACCUCCUGGCCCAGGGCAUCACCCAGCUGCAGCUGGAGCAGGGCCUGGAGCUGUGCCGCGUGGUGGCCGCGCACAUGGAGAGGCUGCUGGGCGCUCGGGAGAAGAGGCUGACGCUGCCGCCCAGCGAGAUCACCCUGCUCUGACCCGCCAUGGCCUCGGACCCCCGGCACCCCGGCACGGGGACACAGGGUGCAGCGACCAUGGGGUGUCCCCAGCUUAGCCGG